AUGUCCGAAGAGCAAGGCAGCCGUUGGAAUUGGGUCACCAAUAUCCCGCCGCCAUCCAAGCAAAAUGCACUGCUCGCCAAAAGCACCACGGAGGAGCGUGCGCCAGAAGACACACGUGCGCCGCCCGGCAUGAGCGGCUUGAGUGCGUCGCGGCCCCGUACAGAGAUGCCGCAGCCCGCGCCCAAGAUUGCAGUGUCGGAUGAUCCGAUCAACCACAAGGCGCUGCGGUGGACCUCGACGCAGCCGCGCACGCAGCCGCCCGAGCCACUGAAUGCGCCAGAGUACGGCGCAGCGGUGCCCCAAAAUAUCCAGCAGCCGCACGCGGCGCCCGCCCUGCCUGAUGCGAUCGUCUCGUCGCUCUCACCUACAGAGCACAUGGCGUCGAGCGCGCAGAGCAUUGCCUCACUCCAGUCAGGCACAGAGAGCCACACCUCGGUCGAAGACGAGACCGACACGGCCGACGAUACCGAGACCGAGACCGAGGACGAGGACGAGCAUGUGCACGCACGCGAGGAGCACGAGGCACGCAUGCCGUUCCUCUAUCCGGUGCCGCACUCGGUCGCUGAGCAGAUUCCCAUCCCGACGAGCGGCUUUGCCACGCCGCGCCAGUCGACGUCGUACCAGUCGGGCACCAUGACGCCUCGCUUUCACGAGUACGCGGACCAAGGCGCGGGACCGAGUUCGGUACGCCGCAUUUCGGCUACGCCGAGCGCUGCUGGAGCGCAGAGCUGGUCGCGCCGCAUGUCGCACAGCCGUGGGCCGUCGCUCAACAUAAGCGCGCGCGAGUCGGCCGGCGGGGGCGGGCUGAGCCGCCGCGGCACGCUGCGUUCGUCGGCGCUGCCGUCGCCGUCGCUCCGCGAGAGCCAUGCGACGCUGCGGGGCAUGCCGUCGCCCCGCGAGAGCCACGCAUCGCUCCGUGGCAGCCUGUCCAUGACGCCAAUGGAGCACGGCGAGACGAGCUACUUUUCCGACUCGCCCCGCCGCGCGUCGCCCGGUGCAUCGCUCGCCACGACGCCGAUCGGGACAGGCGGUGCAGCGCCGCCGCUCACGCCGUCGGCCAUCUCGUUCCGGCGCCGUGCCUCGUCCAUCGGCCAGCCUGCGCUGUGGAUGACGUCGCGCCCCGGCUCGCCGUCUGCAUCGGCUGCGCCGUCGCACCGCGGUACGCCGACCGUCUCGCGCUCGCCCUCGCUCUUUGUCUCGCCGUACGUCGCGACGGUGCCGGGAACGCCGGCGGAAGAGUACUUCCACGAAGCAUCCGCACGCGCGUCGGUCGCCCAUUCGCCCAUCGCAGAGAGCCCCCCCGAGAUGGGGCCGCUGAGCCUCGCCGAGGCCGAGGAGCCGGAAGAGAUGCAGGACUCGUUCGGGCGCAUGGGACGCACGUCGGAUCCUACGCGCACGCCGCUCUGGAAGCGCCGUGCGGCCUCACAGCUGCGUCUGUCGCAAGACCAAGGUGCCGAGAGAGAGGCUGCCGCGCAAGAGUCGCCCUCGACCGAGGACAUGAAGGACCUCGAUUGGGGCGCACCGCGCAGUCCCCGUUCCUUCAACCCGGUGGAUCCCCAAUCGAUCUUGCAGCGUGUGAACCAAUCGCUUCAGAGUUUGGGCCACGGGCCGACGCAGCGCUACUCGAUUUCGCGCCGCCCGCGCCUGGUGAGCUUUGGCGAGGUGUUCCACGAGCCGUGGGUCCUCCAGCCCUCGCCCAAGGACGGCGAGGAGGAUCUGCCCAACUACCAGUGUACCGUGCACAUUGAGGGCUUUUUGCCCCGCAAGAUGGAGCUUAGUGCGCCGGGCGAGCCGGCCAAGGUGCGCAGCUGGGAACGCUGCUACUUUGUCCUGCAUGGCACGACGCUGCACCUCUACGAUACCGAUAUAUCUUCUUUGUACGCCAAGGGCUCCGACCCCGUGGCGCUGUGGGACCUGCAUGCCACGACGCAUGUGCACACGGUGCCGAUGAGCGAGUCGUGCGAGCCGACAGACCACACGCCCAACGCUCACGACCUGCCGGGUCACGAUGAGCACCACUGGCACAACGGGCUGGUGAACAAGGGCCUGGCGCUCGGCUCGACGCUCUUGUCGUUCGCAUCGCACGCCAAGGAGGCCGAUCCAGGGGUCGCUGCGCAGCUCGACACGCUCAAACAGGCACUGAAAGAGCACCAUAUCCGCUCUUAUUCGUUACAGCGCGGCGAAUGCGGACUGGCGGCGGACUACACCAAGCGCCGCCACGUUAUUCGCGUCCGCCUCGAAGGCGAGCAGUUCUUGAUUCAGACCCGCAACGAUUUCCAUGUGGUGGACUGGAUCGAGGCGCUGCAGGCCGCGAUCAACGUGUCGAUGGACCUCGACGGCCGGCCGAUGCCCAAGUUUAUGACGCUCCCGCGCCGCCGGCGCCGGCGCCGUGGCGGCGAAGCGGUCGCCCUCGGCAGAGACCGCUCGCCACGCGACACGCACCGGCACUCGUCGGCUGCACACCCCACGCCAAUGGCCGCAUAA